AUGAAGUUGAGCCGCCAGUUCACCGUGUUCGGCAGCGCGAUCUUCUGCGUCGUAAUCUUCUCCCUCUACCUGAUGCUGGACAGGGGUCACUUGGAUUACCCUCGGGGCCCGCGCCAGGAGGGCUCCUUCCCGCAGGGCCAGCUUUCAAUAUUGCAAGAGAAGAUUGACCAUUUGGAGCGUUUGCUAGCUGAGAACAACGAGAUCAUCUCAAAUAUCAGAGACUCGGUCAUCAACCUGAGCGAGUCUGUGGAGGAUGGCCCGAGAGGUUCCCCGGGCAACGCCAGCCAAGGCUCCGUAUACCUCCACUCCUCACAGUUAGCUCUUCACGCUGACCCCAAAGACUGUGCGUUUGCCUCCCAGAGCGGAAGUCAGCGCCGGGAUGUACAGAUGUUGGAUGUUUACGAUCUGAUUCCUUUUGAUAAUCCAGAUGGUGGAGUUUGGAAGCAAGGAUUUGACAUUAAGUAUGAAGCUGAUGAGUGGGACAGUGAGCCCCUGCAAGUGUUUGUGGUGCCUCACUCCCACAAUGACCCAGGUUGGUUGAAGACUUUCAAUGACUACUUUAGAGACAAGACUCAGUAUAUUUUUAAUAACAUGGUCCUAAAGCUGAAAGAAGACUCAAGCAGGAAGUUUAUAUGGUCUGAGAUCUCUUACCUUGCAAAAUGGUGGGAUAUUAUAGAUAAUCCGAAGAAGGAAGCUGUUAAAAGUUUACUACAGAAUGGUCAGCUUGAAAUCGUGACCGGUGGCUGGGUCAUGGCUGAUGAAGCCAGUCCACAUUAUUUUUCCUUAAUUGACCAACUAAUUGAAGGGCAUCAAUGGCUGGAAAAAAAUCUAGGAGUGAAACCUCGAUCGGGCUGGGCCAUAGAUCCCUUUGGACAUUCACCCACAAUGACUUAUCUUCUAAAACGUGCUGGAUUUUCGCACAUGCUCAUCCAGAGAGUCCAUUAUUCAGUGAAAAAGCACUUCUCUUUGCAAAAGACACUGGAAUUUUUCUGGAGACAGAAUUGGGAUCUUGGAUCUGUCACAGACAUUUUGUGCCAUAUGAUGCCCUUCUACAGCUACGACAUCCCCCACACCUGUGGACCUGAUCCUAAAAUAUGCUGCCAGUUUGAUUUUAAACGACUUCCUGGAGGCAGAUAUGGUUGUCCCUGGGGAGUUCCUGCAGAAGCAAUAACUCUUGGAAAUGUCCAAAGCAGGGCUCAGAUGUUACUGGAUCAGUACCGGAAAAAGUCAAAACUUUUCCGCACCAAAGUUCUUCUGGCUCCACUUGGAGACGAUUUUCGGUACAGUGAAUACACAGAAUGGGAUCUGCAGUACAGGAACUAUGAGGAACUAUUCAGUUACAUGAACUCCCAGCCCCAUCUUAAAGUGAAGAUCCAGUUUGGAACUUUGUCAGAUUAUUUUGACGCCUUGGAGAAAGCAGUGGCAGCUAAGGAGGGGGGUGCCCAGUCUGUCUUCCCCACCCUGAGUGGUGAUUUCUUCACCUACGCUGACCGGGACGACCAUUACUGGAGUGGCUACUUCACGUCCAGACCUUUCUACAAACGAAUGGACAGAAUAAUGGAAUCUCGUUUAAGGACUGCUGAAAUUCUUUACCAUUUGGCCUUGAAACAAGCUCAGAAAUACAAGAUAAAUAAAUUUCUUUCAUCACCUCAUUACACAACACUGACAGAAGCCAGAAGGAACUUAGGACUAUUUCAGCAUCAUGAUGCCAUCACAGGAACCGCCAAAGACUGGGUGGUCGUGGACUAUGGUACCAGACUCUUUCAGUCAUUAAAUUCUUUGGACAAGAUAAUUAGAGAUUCUGCAUUUCUUCUCAUUUUAAAGGACAAAACGCUGUACCAGUCAGAUCCUUCCAAAGCCUUCUUAAAGAUGGUUACGAAGCAAAGUUCACAAGAUUCUCUGCCCCAAAAAAAUAUAAUACAACUGAGUGCACAGGAGCCGAGGUACCUCGUGAUCUACAAUCCCUUCGAACAAGAACGACACUCAGUGGUGUCCAUCCGUGUGAACUCUGCCACAGUGAAAGUGCUGUCUGAUUUGGGAAAACCUGUGGACGCUCAAGUCAGUGCAGUCUGGAAUGACGUGAGAACGAUUUCACAAGCAGCCUAUGAGGUUUCUUUUCUAGCUCAUAUACCACCACUGGGACUGAAAGUGUAUAAGAUCUUAGAAUCACAAAGCUCAAGCUCACACUUGGCUGAUUAUGUCCUGUAUAAUCAUGACGGACUAGCAGAAAAUGGAAUAUUCCACAUGAAGAACAUGGUAGAUGCGGGAGAUGCCAUAACAAUAGAGAAUUCCUUCCUCGCACUCUGGUUUGACCGAUCUGGGCUUUUGGAGAAAGUGAGAAGGAAAGAAGACAGUAAGCAGCAUGAACUGAAGGUGCAGUUCCUGUGGUACGGAACCACCAACAAAAGGGACAAGAGCGGUGCCUACCUCUUCCUGCCUGACGGGCAGGGCCAGCCGUAUGUUUCCCUGAGACCGCCCUUUGUCAGAGUGACACGUGGAAGGAUCUACUCAGACGUGACCUGCUUCCUUGAACACGUUACUCACAAAGUCCGCCUGUACAACAUACAGGGAAUAGAAGGGCAGUCCAUGGAAGUUUCUAAUAUUGUGGACAUCAGGAGUGUGCAUAACCGUGAGAUUGUAAUGAGAAUUUCAUCUAAAAUAAACAACCAAAACAGAUAUUAUACUGACUUAAAUGGAUAUCAGAUUCAACCGAGAAAGACCAUGAGCAAGUUGCCUCUUCAAGCCAAUGUUUACCCAAUGAGCACAAUGGCGUAUAUCCAGGAUGCUGAGCACCGGCUCACACUGCUCUCCGCUCAGGCUUUAGGCGCUUCCAGUAUGGCUCCUGGUCAGAUUGAAGUCUUCAUGGAUCGAAGACUCAUGCAAGAUGAUAACCGUGGCCUCGGGCAAGGUGUCCAUGAUAAUAAGAUUACAGCUAAUUUGUUUCGACUCCUGCUAGAGAAGAGAAGUGGCGUGAACACGGAGGAAGACAACAAGAGCCCGGUCAGCUACCCUUCCCUCCUCAGCCACAUGACUUCGUCCUUCCUCAACCAUCCCUUCCUCCCCAUGGUCCUAAGUGGCCAGCUCCCCGGCCCCAGCUUUGAUCUGCUUAGUGAAUUCCCUCUGCUGCAGUCCCCUCUGCCCUGUGACAUCCAUCUGGUCAAUCUUCGGACAAUCCAGUCAAAGAUGGGCAAAGGUUAUUCGGAUGAGGCAGCCUUGAUCCUCCACAGGAAAGGGUUCGAUUGCCAGUUCUCCAGCAAAGGCAUAGGGCUGCCCUGUUCCACUACCCAGGGAAAGAUAUCAGUUCUGAAACUUUUCAACAAGUUUGCUGUGGAGAGCCUCGUCCCUUCCUCGCUAUCCUUGAUGCAUUCCCCUCCUGAUGCCCAGAACAUGAGCGAAGUCAGCCUGAGCCCCAUGGAGAUCAGCACAUUCCGAAUCCGCUUAAGGUGAACCCGACCCUCAGACCUGAGCAGGGGAGCCCUGGCUUUCUCACCCUCAGACCUGAGCGGGGGAACCCUGGCUUUCUCACCGCCCUCGGUCUCACGUGCAAUAACCAAGCACAUUACUUUAGCUUCGGCUACUGUGACAACAGGAAGUCUGUGAUUUUUUUUUUUUAACCAAUCUAGUAAGAAAAGAAGAAAAAGCCAUGCUUUAAAAAAGGUUUCUUUCUCUGAGUUUGUCCCACAGCUACCAUUAUCAGUGUGAACUGAAGUAACAAAAAUGAAGAGCUAUUGAAAGACCAGCCCUCAACAGACUGUAUCUCAGGUUAAAUGCUAACUAUUGAUGUUUGCAUUGAGGGCUGUAAAGAUACAAGUAUUCUUAUCUCUGGUCAGGUUUUAUAUAUAAAAAAAAACUAAUACCCAUUUGACCUAAAUAGAAAGCAAAAUCAGAAGUUGGUAGGUAACAGCUUAAUGGCCAAAGUAGUUGUAAUCAUUGAUACAAAUUUGAAUAUUAUGUGUGUUGAAAUGAUGUGGGAAAGUGCAAUCCCUCAACCUUUAUGAUAAAUGUAGUUGCUUUUCAUACUCUUUCCCAAUGACCCUCUUGGCUUCCCUUCCCUACCCAUACAUUUAAAAAAAUAAGUGAUAAUUUUAGUCAUUCACCAGUAGAAAAAGAGGUGUAUUUUCAUUACUUGACAACGUGGGAUGGGUGCAAUUUAUUCCAUUGUCACUAAAACAGAAGAAGCAAUCCCAUUUUAGGUACCACAAGGUGUCUUUCUAUACAGCUCAUUUGAAUACAGGUGUUCCAAGGUGGGGUUUUCUAUUUUGAAAUUACCAUAUCAAAAUAAAUGUGCCUUAUUUUUUAUAAGUCUUGUUAAAUCUUAUUACUGUCCAUAUCACUGUUUGGGAGGUGGGGUCUGGGAGGUUGGGGUAGGGGGUGGGUACUUUCUAUGACACAUAAAUUAUGUAAUUUUUUUUGCUUGAUAAUGCUGGCCACAUCCUGAUCUGUGUCAUUACAUUUGUGGUGGUGUUACUCUAAACAUUUUGACUAUUUGAAUGUACUGAGAUGUCAGAAAACAAAACAAGGGAGAAAAAUAUUGUUAAUUAAAAUAUGCUGCUGCCAAGGAGACUGCAAGUUGAAGCGAGGAUUUUGUAACCCACGAGAUCCAAGGACUGCUUGCAUUUCACAGUAGUUAACCAUGUUAAAGAGAGAAUGCUUUAAAAAUAGACUGUUUUAAAACCCGCUGUGUGAGGCUCAUCCUGGUGUUCCAGAUGUCUGUGUGUGGUAAACUCAGCGUGGUAGUCGAGCCCAUGUGCCAUCACGGGACCUUUGAGUUCCUUUGGGACCGCUGUUUCUUUAAUAGAAUAAUAGUAUUUAAUUUCAGUAUAGAAAGAAUGCUCUGGCUGUAUAUGCUUUUGAAAAUUCUCCUCAGUGUCUUAACCUAAUUUAGUAUUAUUGACUUUAAACCUCCAUUUACCUCUUGCCAUUCCAAUAUGUUACAGAGAAAAUCAUUUCUGCCUCACUGUUUAUUCUGAUAGUCAUCUGGAUUCUUCCUCAAGAUGCAGCUCCUACAUUCUCUGUUCUGUCAAGUUCAUAAAAUCCUUUGCCUAUAAUCAUUAAGGAAAUACCAGAGCUGACAGGACUAGUGCAAGGGUAUACCUUCAUGCAAUAAGCAUGUGACCUACAUUCCCUUCCUCAUUAGUCGGGGAAUAAGCAGCCAGACGACAACAAAACCACUCCCUCCUGUGGCCCUCUGCAGACCUAGCUAGGACUGCCAAGCGCAAGUCUGAGGACUAUGAUCAGUAUGCUUGUUGUAUCUUCCUGUGGAUGUUCACUGUGCUCUGUGGUUCAGUGGCUACGCUUAAUCACUACGGAAGUUCUGAUGAGGUCAAGUGAAACCAGUGGCUGACCAGCAGACACCGGGGACCCACCCUGUGUCCUGGCCACCAGCUACAGGCUCACAGGUGAAGCAGAAAUUCUAUGUAACCAGCAAGUCUCUGCUUUUUAAAGUUAUUUUCACAUUACAACAUCAGGGAAAUGAAGAGAGGGUGUUUUUUGCUUUGGGUCAUGGUCAGGAACUAACUAAAAAAUGGAGUUUCUCUGGCACCCAUGGGAAGCCAGCUACACUUCAGAUGUGGCAUCACGGGUCUUUUUGGUAAGGCCUGUGACGUCUGUUACCACAGAUGCUCAGUGGACCAAGACUGUCUUGCUACUCUCUCCCUGCUCUCUGAGAUUUUAGUUUCGUUUAGAGGUGCAUGGUUCAGAUAUCAGCAUUCUAAAAAUACUGAUUUAAAGGAAAUGCUGUAUGAUGUUAGAAGACAUUGUGAUUCUCUCCUGUCUUUGUUGUACUCGUGCUGCGGUGUUCCACAGUCCUUUGACUAGAGGAAAAUGUUUACUUUCGUUUGGAUUAUUUUGCUCAUUGAAAUCAACAGUUUUGAUAUUUUUCUCUUGGAAAAUUUUUUAUAACUUUUUGGGAAUAUGUAAUAUAAGAUCUCUAAUAAAAUAUAAUCUUAUCCUGCA